GGAGGUAUAGAGUUUUGUGGGAGUGCAUAUAAUCAACAUAUUAUCGAAGGUGCUUAGAUAUUGAUCCCGUAUUUCGAAGGUAGUUCCAAAUCGCCUCUACUUGGACCUUCGGGUUUGACCUUAAUCUGUCUGUGCUUGGUGGAGAAUAACAAACGCGUAAAAAUGCCGAAGAGAAAGUCUCCAGAGGGUCCCGAGGGCAAGGAGGCCUCCAAAGUCACAAAGCAAGAGCCCACCAGAAGGUCAGAGAGAUUGUCAGCGAAACCUGCUCCACCCAAGCCUGAGGCCAAGCCCAAGAAGGCCAUCGUCAAGAAGGUGGUCGAUGAUAAGGGGGCGAAGGCAAAGAAAGGCGGCGCUAAGGGUAAGAAGGACGACGGCCCGGCCCAGAACGGAGAGACCAAGAUCAAUGAGAUCUACGUGUCUCGUCCGUCUGUCAGUGUGUCUUCCAUCAGAAGCACGGCUCCCUCCUUGAUGUCAGUGAGAGGGCAGAGUGAGACAGUCAGAGUUAAGGGUAACUGAAGCAGCGGAGGAGGCGACCGAGGAGAAGGCGUAAAGACACGGGCGCGUCCACCGACUCGUCCCCCUCUGACUCCAUGGCAGCAAAGCAUCUUUUUUUACUGACGAUUUUUGUACCAUGCUGAAUUUUUUUUAGACUUGUGAUAGUAGAGACGGACAACCAGCAGCCCCCAUCCCAUUAUAUUCACACUACUGUCAGCUCCCUUACCCACAGUUGCUCGAUUCUCCUCCCUCCUCCACCCUGUAUCGCUACGCGCCUCUCAGAAACAGAAAUGAACAGAAUGAAGUGUUUUUAUCAGGCGGCUGCAGAUGUUCUCCAUCUUGCCUGAAGGGGGCCGUAAACACGACUGUUAUGAUCUCUAAACCAGCUCUGCCUAUGUUUGUAGUCUCUACGAAGGAUCAUUAUUAUUAUUAUUGGCACUCUGACUAUUCCCCCCCCUGAUGGUUAAGGUGAGGAUUUGUGGAUGCAGAGCUACAAGAAACCAGGUUCAUAGUCGCCAUGGAGAACAUCUGCAGCUUUUUAAAAAGAUCUUAGUUUUUAGAAUCACCACCACUGUUUCACAUAGCUCCUUUUUGUAUGUGUGUGCUGGAGUGAAUGUGUUUGUGUGUCUCUGUGUUUUACUUUAUUUCCCCCCUUUUCUUCCCCUCCUGAUCGCCUUGUCCCGCAGCAGAGUGACAUAGCAAUAAUGAGUGGUGCUUCUGUUCUAGACGGCUCUAUUGGCUUUGGACCCUCUGGGCUUCUCUUGAGUUUCAUCCUGUUGGGAAAAUAUUUUGAAAUAAAAGAAAAAGUUGAUGUCA